CAUGCUGCAGUCCAUGGGGUCGCAAAGAGUCGGACACGACUGAGUGACUGAACUGAACCAAACUGAUCACGUGGACCAUAGCCUUGUCCAACUCAAUAAAACUAUGAGCCACGCCAUGUAGGCCAGCCAAAACAGAUGGGUCGUAGUGGAGAGUUCUGACAAAACAGUCCAGUGGAGAACGGAAUGUCAAACCACUUCAGUAUUCUUGCUUUGAGAACCCCAUGAACAGUAUGAAAAUGUCAUAAAUUUAUUUAUUUAGCAAAUGCUGAAUUUUCUCACUAUGUUCCUCUUCAGCCAGGGGCUGUUGAGAGCACUAGAGGCACAGCAGGAGAGCUCUGCCCUCAUGGAGCUUCUCAUCCAGAGAGGGAAAAAGAGAAAGAUGGCCAGGAAAGGGUGCCAGGUGGUGAUGGGCACCUUAGGAAAAGGCUGAACCAGGGAAGGGUGGGCAUGCAGGUGAGUGAGGGCCAUGGGGCACAUGGCCUGGGAGGGAGCCUUGUGCCAGGCAGGGUCCUGUGGUGAGGACGUGCCCACACAGUCAAGGAGUGACCAGGGGCCAGCGUGGCUGGAGCAGUGAACCGAGGGGAGCCAGAAGGAGAUGAGGGCCGAGGGCCUUGUAGGCGUUCCAGUGGCUCUUGCUUCCAUUCUGAGUAAGUGGAGAGCUCCUGCAGGGUGUCAUGCAGAGCCUGGAAUCUUCCCCUUGCGUUUUCAGAGGCCGUCUCAGGUGCCCGUGCCGAGGGCUCUCUGCUGCACCGUAGGAGGGUGCGGUGGAUGGUGUGAGACCCUCCUCUGUAGGAGGGCGAGGUGCUCAGUGCAGGUGGAGGGCGAGGGCCCAGGCAGCAGAAUCCAGGACAGAGGGGUGCUUCUGGGUCUGCUUUGAAGGCAGUGCAAAGAGGACUAGCCAGUGGCAUAAAAAGCAACUUUGGUUUUCAGCUGAACACUGUAAGGAAGCAGUGACCAUCACUGAGGUGGGCAAGGCUGUGUAAAGAGCAAGUUUGUAAGGCAGGGCGCUUGUGUAUGUGCUGGAGGGCCAGGGUGGGACUGGUGUUGACAAAGCCAAGUAAAGAAAGAACUUCAAGAAGGAGGGAGUGAGUGAAUGUGUUGAAUAGGGUUCAAGGUAAAAUAAAGUGAGGAACUGAGGAGAAUUCCCCGGCAUUCCAGUGGCUAGGACCCCUCACUUCCACUGCAGGAGCACAGGUUGAAUCCCUUAUCGGGGAACUAAGAUCUUGCGAGCCGCAGGGCGUGGGCAAAAGUAAAAUGAGGAAUUGAGAACUGACCACUUCUCUUGUAGGUGAGAUCUCAGCAGCUUUGUUGACAGAGUAGGUCACAUGCCUGGCUGGCGUGGGUGCAGAUACGGGCUGUCGUCGGAGCCGAAUGGGCGCCAAGAGGGGGGUAUUCUUGUUUUUGAGCUGGGAGGAAGAACACGGUAUUUAUAGCUUGGUAGGGAUGACACCGACUGGAUGGACAUGAGUUUGCACAAGCUCCGGGAGUUGGUGAUGGACAGGGAGGCCUGGUGCUGCAGUCCAUGGGGUCGCAAAGAGUCAGACACGACUGAGCGACUGACCUGAACUGAGGGAUGACACAGAACAGAAGGAUCAUGGCUUUAGAGAUUUCAUUCUGGCCCAUCCAGGUAUGUCAAGGCUGGUGUUUAACGCUGGGGCUGGGCUUGUUUGGAUGCCGAGAAGGUCACUUCCCGGUUUGAGGCAACAUUCAAUGGGAUGUGGGCGUGUUUUCCUACUUGAAGUAGUGGGGUACCGCCAAGUAGAGUGAGUGCCAUGAGUUUGUGCUGAGAUAUAAUCUGACCUUGGGUUGGGUGUGGAAGACACAUCCUUCCAGCAGGGAGUGGUUGGGAACCAGACAUCCUGAAUGGCAAGAGGACUUGGGGAGCGUCAGCUCUUAGAUCAUGAGACCCCCCUGUGGGUAGCUCUGUCAGAGAUGAGGCCUGGCUGCGUGCAUGUUUCAGUCUGGACCAGAAGCAAAUAACUUGCAAAUCAGUUGCUGCUGGCACCAUGCAUCCCUUCUCAUAUACCAAGAACUAAUAAAGAGGAAACCAAAAACGGGAUAGCGAACUGAGCGCUGCAGUGGAUGUGGCCAUAAUGAGCCUGCGAGACGAACUGAGGCCAGUCCCCGGGGUGAGAAGGCCACCCAGGGCCUCGCACCUCCAGGGUGCCCAUCGUCUGCCCCGUCGGUGACAGCGUUUCCUGAAACAGAGCUGGGCACGUGUCUGACGGUGAGACAGGUCUCGAGGCCUGCUGUGACGUCCAGCCAAGUCUGAAGCAGCGCGCUCACCUGACUGUCAUUCGGUCGUAGUGGGGGCUUUGCUCGCCUCAGGGCCUUUGCAUGUGCUGUUCCUGUGCAUGCUGCUCUCCCUGCUCACCUGGGUGGUUCCUGGGCGUCCAUCACAUUUUCAGUUCACUGAAAUGUCAGACCGCCCUUGUCCCCCACACUUAACCUCAGUCUUAUGUCAGUUCCCUUUGUGUUACCAGAGUCUCUCGCUAUUCCCUCUACUUUCCCUCCACAGCAUUUCUCACUGUGCGUGGUUUUGCACGUGUGUGACAACGCAGCUGGACCACAGGCCCACACUGGCAGGACCUGAACCUGAUGCACCUAGCAUGUAGUCAGUGCUCAGUUUUUGUUUGGAGCCUGGAUUUGAGCAGUUUAAAGUGUCGGAAAGAUCGCACAGAAACUGGAUCAGAUUGUACUUGGAGGAAAAUAACUCAGAAGUCGUUUUCAACCUGGGAGCCAAGGUUCGCAGGCAGUACCUGGACGCACUGAGGACGCUGAAGCUGUCGCUGAGCAGACGAGCGGCCCAGUAUGACGUCUACUCCAUGGCGGUGGGGACCGUCCUGGUCCUGGAGGCCCUCGUCCUGCUCCUGUUCAGUGUCCCGCAGGCGCUGAGCAGCAGGGCUGAGCUGGACAUCCCCCUGCUGUCGCCUGUGUGCUCUCUGCUCUUCUACCUGCUGCUCCUGGCGCUCGCAGCGCUCCACGGCGUCGUGUGCACCGCCGCCGACAGCUCGUGCUUCCUGUGCGGCCUCCCGUGGCUGGCUGCGGGCGGAGCGAUGACGCUGGUCGCCGCACUGCUCUGCGCGGGCGUGUCUGCUCUCACCAGGGUUUUUGCCGGUGGGAAGUGUCUGAGUCAGAAUCCACCUCAGUCCACCUCAAGGUGGUCAGAGUUAGAUCUUCUCAGCUUCUUGGGAACCGUGGGCCAUGUGUUGAGUCUGGGCGCAAGCAGCUUCAUCGAAGAGGAGCACCAGACCUGGUACUUCCUUGUCAACACACUGUGUUUAGCUCUGUGCCACCAGAUCUACAGAAACUGCUUUCUGGGAGACGACCAUGCCCCUCAGCGUUGCCCACACACGGGAGAGGAGUUUGACGGGGUCGCGGUGGCCCUGCAGGGCAAGCGUGCUGGCCCUGAGGGGUGGGAGCUCAGCCGAGCGCCCGCAGACACCUCCUCCCUGGAAGCCCUCAGAGGCCCUGAGCGGUGGAUGGUGCUGGCGAGCCCCUGGCUGGUUCUGGCCUGCUGCCGGCUGCUGCGGUCCCUGAACCAGACCGGUGUGCAGUGGGCCCACCGGCCCGACCUGGGGCACUGGCUCACCAGCUCUGAUCAUAAGGCUGAACUCUCUGUUCUGGCCGCACUUUCCCUCACCAUGAUUUUUGUGUUGGUUCAGAAGAGGUGCUCCCUCACAUCAAAAGUGGCCAUGGCGUUUGGCCUGCUGGGCAUCUAUUGCUACCGGGCGGCCAUUGGAAAUGUGCUGUUCCCAUGGCAACCAGACAACAAAGACAUUUCAAAGGGCAUUACCGAGGCUCGUUUUGUUUAUGUCUUUGUCCUUGGCAUUCUGUUCACGGGCACCAAAGACUUGCUUAAAUCUCAAAUCAUUGCUGCAGACUUCACGGCCAGGACUGUGGGCCUCUGGGAGAUAUACAGCGGCUUAGUUCUCCUGGCAGCACUGCUCCUCAGACCCCACAAUCUUCCCGUCUUGGUGCUGAGCCUCGCAAUCCAGACCAUCAUGACUCAGUUCAUCUGGAGGCCCCUGAGGCAUGACGUAGCUGAGGUCACUGUGAUGCAUUACUGGUUUGGUCAAGCAUUCUUCUAUUUUCAGGGAAACUCCAACAGCAUCGCCACUGUGGACAUCUCAGCAGGCUUCGUGGGCCUGGAUGCCUACAUGGAGAUCCCAGCCAUGUUCCUGACGGCAUUUGCGACAUACUCGGGGCCUGUGCUGUGGGCCAGCCACCUGGUGAACUUCCUGACCUCAGAAGCCAGCAGCGGCUCGGCACUGAGUCAUGCUUGCUUCUGCUACGCGCUCAUUUGUUCUAUUCCAGUUUCUGUCUAUAUCAUUUUGGUGACGUCCCUGCGUUAUCACUUAUUUAUAUGGAGUGUGUUUUCUCCAAAACUUCUCUAUGAGGGAAUGCAUCUACUCAUCACAGCUGCUGUCUGUAUAUUCUUCACAGCCAUGGACCAAACCAACACAAAGUCUUAGACGGAGCUAUUAAGACACUGGAAAAAUUAUAUAUUUUUAAACUCUUUUGUUUACUUCAUGGGUUUGUGUCAUGAAGGAUAUCUGUUUAAAUGCAAGAUUAUUCUUUAAAAAAAAGAUGUUAAUUCUAUAAGGUUGAUGAAUAGCUUCAAUUUCUUUGAUUACUAUACUUGAAUUUAGAUUGAGUAGUAAGUAGUUUAAAAAGCUCAUUUUAAAAUACUUGGUUUGGAUAUGCAUCAUAUUUCCCUGUUGACAAUCACUCUGGGAACUUCUGAGCUUUAAAUUUCCUCUGGAUAAGUUACCCGAAUAUAUGUGUUUAAAUUGAAGAAUACAGUUUCCAGAUUUGUUAGUGUCCAGGGAUUCUGUGGGACGAGGCUCACACGCUGCCAGGGUCCCCUUGCAAAGCUCAGGGCCUUUAUGAUCCAGGAACCACCAGGGGUCCCAGAAGCUUGGGUUUAUGUGGGCUAUACCUGUCAGCAUUUAUGGCAUUUAAAAUUAAAACUAAGACAUUUAAAAUAAAUAUAUUCAAUUAAAAAUAAAGAUAUAAAUCAUUUGCGACACCAA